AUGCCAAAUGUUUCGCCGUCUACAGUAUCCCAACAGGAAAUCGGCUUCAAGACGAUCCGCGCGACGAAGCACUCCCUAACAAGGUCGCCCACCCGGUCGACCACCCAGGCAUCGACCCCCGUCGUGCAAUGGCGCGCCUCAAAGUCCGACAUCGCCCACUCGUCGAGCUAUAAGUCUUCAGAAUCCCAGUCCGAUCUCCCCGCCCAGCGUGACGAGACGCCGCCCUCUGGAGAUGUCUCCGAGUCGACCCGCCCCGACUCCCCCUCCAAGAGCGAACGUUCAUCUACCGGAAGCCGGAACAUGUGCUGCGUGGUCACCUCGCUGCUUCUCGUCCUCGCCUUCGUUUUCGGCGUUGGCGUCUACAUGUGGAUGGUCAACAUCAUGGACGAGCCCUUCGACAACAGCAAGGAGGCCAGGCUGAUGCGCCAGAUCCAACACGAGUUUGGCCCCCUGGAAACCGGGGGUCCCGAUCCGAAGAUGAUCAUCAACAUGUGGGUGCUGGUCAUCGACGCCCCGCACGACUCGAUCGAGCUGUACAGCAAAGGCCUCGACAUUGUCUUUGCCACCUUGUUCUCGAGUUCUCCAGCCGAUACGCGCCGAUUGAGUGUCGCCCACAACGACACGCUGGAGCGUAUCGCCCUCGCGCAUCGCGACCAAAUUCCGGCCGGGACCCACCAUGUCCAGAUUGCGUACAAAGGAACGAUAAACGAGGGGCUGCACGGCUUCUACCGUACCUCACCGCACGGGGGCGCCGUGUCGGCGCUGAUGAACCUGGAGGCGACGCACGCUAGGAGGGUGGUGCCGUGCUUUGAUGAGCCACGCUUUCUGGCCAAUUGGACCCUCUCCGUGCGCCACCCAAAAAACACGACCGCCACCUCGAACAUGCCGAUGACUCCCGGCUUCCCCCAGCCAGAAAUUGACGGCGAAUGGACAAGGACCCGCUUCGAGCCCACCCCGCCACUGCCGCCGCAUCGCCUUGCCCUGGCCAUCCACAACCUGGGCCACGAGACGGGGAUGCUGGAAGCGAGGGUCAGGGUCUCCGCCUACGCGCGAGAGGAGCGCUCGGAGUUGACCAAGGAGCUGCUCAACGUCACCGUCGAGCUGCUGGCCCACUUCGAGGCGAUGCUGGGCCUCGAGUACCCGCUUCAGAAGCUCCACAUCAUCAUGGUGCCCGGGGUAUCGCGUGGGAUGGUGGCCAGUCUCGGGUUGAUCAUCGUCGACGAGAAGGCCCUGAUCGGCUCCUCGGGCUUUGAAGCCGUCCCUAGGCUGCAACUUAUCGCCGGUGCUGUGGCCGAAGGGUUGGCCAAACAGUGGCUCGGCAACAUGGUGACGAUGCAUUGGUGGGACGAUCUUUGGCUCAGCGAGGGCUUCUCGUCGUUUUGUCGGCUCUUCGCCUAUCGCUACUACGACAUCGCCAAGCCGUAUCAACAACCGGAUGACCUCUUCAUGGCUGAACACCACGCUCCCCUCGACGCCGAGCCGGGAUACCCACUUCCCGCCCUCCGGCAGCCACAAAAUGAUACCGACCCGUUCAAUAAAUGGCCCCGGACUCCGCUUGAAAUCGCCAGCGUCUUCGAGCCGCGCAGCCUUCUGAAAUCUGCACACGGCAUCUACACGAUGUAUCGCUCGAUCGGGUCGGAGCGCUUCUGGCGGAUGUUCAAGUGCCCCAACCCGUACACCCGUGCCACCCUCUACUCGGACGUGUUCGCGAUGGCGGAAGCCGGUGUGGAGCCCUACUCGCGUGCCCUCCAGUUCCUUGAACUGCUCCCCGUCGAGCCAGACAACGCGGCUCGUCGCGCCCUCGGCGCCGAACUCGACAAGGUCAAUCGUCGUCUCCUGGCGAAUGUCCAAAAUGAGACCGUCGUCAAGCUCGUCGCGGCCGUCGGGAAAUUCUACCAGCGUUGCGAGGAUUACGGGCAGAUGGAAACCCCCACAUGGUGUCUGGAGAUGAACAACAAAUCCGACUGGGCCACCGUUUUCCGCACUGACGUCCAAGACUCAUGCGAGGAGGGUGUACCGACAAGUAACUGCAGCCGUAUUCCGGAGGCUACCCGCCUGUUCGUCUACUGCAAGGCUGCCGAAGCCGACGAGGACGUCGCUGAAUACAUUUGGCAAAAGCUCGGUCUCGAGAGUGUUACUCCCUCCAGCCUCGACGAGCUCGACACCCUUUCCGAGGCGCUCCUAUGCAGCAAGGAGUGGAAAUACCCGCAAAGGGUGCUUGACGUCUUCUCCGAUCGGCGCCUUGCGGAAAAGCUGUCCUUCUUGGCGGGUCAUCAAGCCGAUUCUUCCCAGCUCGUCGACUAUUACGUGGCCAACUUUGGGCGCUUCUUGGAGAGGCUACGUGACGACCCCUACGAGACGCUCCGCCUCAUCCGCGCCAUCCAACCGGCCAUCAGGACCGAUGCACAUGUGGAAAAGGUGAGUGAACGCGUCGCAGAUGCGUUGAGGCCUACCGCUUCACCCCCACAAAUCCAGAUCAAAACCCUCCUCACCACCCCCGACCUUCCCGAUGCCCUGAAGGCCGCCUGGCUCUGGGACGAGGCCUUCGAGCGUCACCGCCUUGAGCACGAGUGGCACGCCAAGUAUUCGGCCAACAUCCUGGACUUCUACUCGCAGAUGAACGUCGCCAAA